GACUACGAAGAGUACCAUAACGAGAAGUACCAAUUUUACUUGUCUUUUACAUCUGCUCUUAGCCAAGAUAAACUGAAGAACUUUUUAGCCACCGAGUACGAAAAAUCGGCGUCUGCUAUGUGCACGAAGACAAACGAAGCAGAGUGGAACUACGAAACGGACAUCAACAACAAAGAAAAGCAGGACAUUUUGCUCAAUGUAACUCUGGAGUCCGCCGCUUUGGCCAAAAAGUACUGGCAAGAUUAUUUCAAAGACCUCAACCCUGAAGACUACCAAGACGAACAGCUCAAAAGGCAAGUGAAAAAUUUGAGGAUUUUGGGAAACGCUGCACUAAAUGAAGAAAAACUGACCAAACUAACCAAAGCUACCAACAACAUGACCAACAUCUACAGUACUGCUAAAAUCUGUCCCUUCAGUAACCAAAAGUGCGACCUAUCCAAAGAAGGUUUAUCUCUCGAACCCGGAAUCGAAGAAAUUUUGGCCAACUGCGACGAGUUGGUUUACGCCUGGAGAGUCUGGAGAGAUGCUUCCGAUGCCAAAAUAAGAAGUCUGUACCAAACAUACGUAGAACUGUCCAAUGAAGCCGCCGUUGCUAACAAGUUUAACGAUAAAGGAGAACUGUGGAGGGACAGCUAUGAAUCGCCUACUUUUAUCCAGGACAUCGAUGAUCUGUGGACCCAAGUGGAACCACUCUAUGCAGAACUCCACAAGUACGUCGGUCGCAAACUCAAAGAGCGUUUUGGUAGUAAGCUUGAAAUUUCUGACGGACUUAUCCCGGCGAACGUCCUCGGGAACAUGUGGGCCCAAGAAUGGAACAACAUAGCCGAGCUGGUGCGGCCUUUCCCUCAAGCCAGUAAAGUCGACGUGGAUGCCGCCCUCAAACAACAAAAGUACUCAGUUUUGGACAUGUUCAAAAUCUACGACGAGUUCUACAAGUCCAUGGGUUUAAUCCCGAUGGGUGUGUGCUACAAUACUAGUGCAGGAGCUAUGAUUGAGAAACUCACCGAUGGUAGAGAGUACUGUGUCACGCUAUCGCUUGGGACUUCUGCGACGGUCACAAUUAUAGAAUCAAAAUGUGUACGAACAUCAAUUUCGAGGACUUUAUUUUCAUCCACCAUGAGACAGGACACAUCCAGUCCUUCAUGCAGUACGUCAAGCAGUUGGUGACCUUCCGGGAUGGAGCCAACCCAGGGUUCCACGAAGCCAUAGGUGACACGAUUGCGCUGUCGGUGUCCACGCCCAAGCACCUAC